CACACACGUAGGAGCGCGGGGUCCUCCCAAACAGAGCCGCUUUCAUCGUGUGAGUCAACACAAGAAGUAGCCUCGACACUGUAGGAAACUAGGAAACAUUGGACCUCUGCUUGUUGGACGAGGAGGAGGAGGAGGUGUCUUGUCUGCCCGCCUGCUCUCCCGCUCUCUCUCUUCUUUCUCUCUCUCUCUCUCAAUCAACGAGGCUCCUGCCACCAGAGCCAAGAGUUGCCGUUCCGCGCACCGAUGCCAAAACGCGCAGGAGGAGUCAGUGCCAAAGGGUCAUUUUAGCGCACCACUGCUGAAAUGGAAGGACUGUAGGGAAUCCUAGAAUAAACAGCAGCCGUUUGACCCCAGAUGAUACAAUCAUAUCAUUAAAACUAAGAAAAAGGGAAAGGAGCCAAAUAAGUACCCAUCAUCAUCAUCACCACCACCAGCGGAGUGCUUCAUCUGUCACCGCGGUCGCUGCAGAGGUGGGCACAAGGAUUUUUUUUUAAAAUCUGCAAAAGGUCAUUGCAAAAAACAAAACAAAAAAAAAACAAUUACCUGCGCACAUCUCAGCUCAUCGGCCGCUAACUGCUUCCUAAAAAACUCCACUUUGGCUUCCUCAAUCCAGGUGUUGCUUCCUCCGAAGACGCUGCAGGACAUUGUGGACAAACUGGUCUUCCAUCGAUCUUAUUGCGCUCCUGUCCGACUCUUCACCUCCCCGAGCGCGCAUCAAAGUUGCAGCUGAAGACUGUGAAUAGCGGAGGGAUUAAAGGAGAGGAGGGGGGAAAAGUUGAUCACCUGCGAGCCAGAGAGGACCGACACCACGGUCCAAGCCGACUCCAAGUGCCGUUCACCGGGCGAUGCCAGAGUAAAUGCCGGGGCAAUGUCCCGCCGCAAGCAGGUGAACCCGCAGCACUUAUCGUUGACGCACAGGGAGACGGUACGAGACGCCAAUCAUGACUCAGGGGCGGGAUCUCCGUCUCCGGAGCCAUCCAGCCCCAGCCCUCGGAGGGUGGGCGCAGGCGAGCAUGACAUGCUGACCUGCGGCCAGUGCCAGACCAACUUCCCUCUGGGCGAUAUCCUGGUUUUCAUUGAGCACAAGCGCCGCCUGUGUCGGGGGCCCGGGAGCAGACCGGGGUCCUUCUCGAAGCCUGGGGAGACCGACGGGGUCACGGGCAUUUCCAUCUCGCCCAGGGCCAGGUCGCUGGAGAUGGGCAGAGGGUCCAUUCCGGUGGAGGUGGGCAUCCAGGUGACCCCCUGCAGAGAGGAGGACCUUGAGAGGAGGCUGACGCCGGCCAGAGGGAUCUGCCCCAAACAGGAGAGAGGAGAUAAAGAUGAGCCGUCCAGCUACAUCUGCACCACCUGUAAGCAGACCUUCACCAGCGCCUGGUUCCUGCUGCAGCACGCCCAGCACACUCACGGCAUCCGCAUCUACCUGGACAACCACCCGGCCAGUUGCUCCCUCACUCCCCGCAUGGCUCUGCCUCCGCCGCCAUGCCCCGAUGCCCUGCCCCGCUCCCCUCUCCCCACUUUCCUCAGCGACACCAACAACCCAUUCCACCUCCUCCGCAUGGCUGCGCCCCUGCUCAGGGAACACCCCCCUCCCCCGGGGUACAUGGAGACCCGGCUGCCUGCGACGCCGCCCUUUGUCAGCCCUCCCCCUCCCCCUAGACCCCCUCUAGAGCGGCUGGGCCCAGAGGAGAUGGGGCUGCUGUCGCAGCACCCCAGUGCCUUUGAGAGGGUGAUGCGGAUGACCCCCAUGGAGCCUCCUUCCAUGGACUUCUCCCGACGUCUGAGAGAACUGGCGGGCAACACGACCAAUAACGGCGGGCCCACGCCUCCUCUCUCACCCAACCGCGUGCCGCCCAUGCACCGCUUGCUAAGUCCCACGCUUUUCCAGCCCGGCACCAAGCCCCCAGCCUUCCUCACCUAUGCCCCGCAGCCACCCACCUCUCAAGGUGGACACGGUUCUUCCAGCCCUCCCGACAGCCAGGGUCAGAGCCAGGCGCCUGGGAAAUCCAAAUCCUGUGAGUUCUGUGGAAAGAUCUUCAAGUUCCAGAGCAACCUGAUCGUCCACAGACGCAGUCACACGGGGGAGAGGCCGUACAAGUGUCAUCUAUGUGAUCACGCCUGUUCUCAGGCCAGCAAGCUGAAGAGGCACAUGAAGACACAUAUGCACAACAAGUCUGGGUCCAUGAGCGGCUCCCCAGAACAGGGAAACAGAGAAGAGGGAGGAGAGGGUGAGGAGAAGAACAGGGAGGGGAACACAAGAGGGAUGGGGAUGGACAAUGAGGAGGAGGAGGAAGAAGAGGAGGAAGAAGAAGAGGAGGAAGAGGAAGAAGAGGAAGAGCUGAGGAAUGGAAGUCGGCCAGACUCCAACUUAAGUGAGGACUCUCAGGAGUUCAGCCAGAACAGGGAGAAUGGCCCGAGACAGUGUCCUGAGGAUAAACCCCUGGGCGGGGACAGAGUAAGUGACGGUGGCGGGGUGGGCAUCAUGCACCCGUACAACCACCUGGACAAUCACCUUAGACUUAACCCUAACAAGAGGAGCCUGGAGAGACAGCCCAACGGAGACGGUGGAGAGAGGGGUGAAGAAAGAGAGAAUGAGAGGCAGCAGGACAGAGAGCAGGAUGAGCAGGUGGGUCAGAGGCCCGUGAUGAACGGCAGGAUCAGCGUAUCUGAAGCAGACUCCUUCCCCGGGCUGUUCCAGCGCCGGCCCACCCCCAUCACCAGCCCGAGCCCCUCCAACAACAAGAGAAUCAAGAUAGAGAAGGAACAGCUGGAUCUUCCUCCCACCUUACCCCUCAUCUCCCCGGAGAACGUCUACUCUCAGCUCCUGGCUGGCUACGCUGCUUCACGCCACUUCAUCAGAGAACCCUUCCUGGGAUUCACAGAUUCCCGUCAGUCGCCGUUCGCCACCUCCUCCGAGCACUCCUCCUCAGAGACAGGAAGCCUCCGCUUCUCCACCCCGCCAGGGGAGCUAAUGGAAGGAGGAAGCGCCUCGGGCCGCAGCGGCAGCAGUACCCCUCACCUCCUGCGGGGACCCGGACCCGGCAGGCCCCCGAGCUCUAAGGAUCGCAGGAACGACACCUGCGAGUACUGUGGCAAGGUGUUCAAGAACUGCAGCAACCUGACGGUGCACCGACGCAGCCACACGGGGGAACGGCCCUACAAGUGCGACCUGUGCAGCUACGCCUGCGCCCAGAGCUCCAAGCUGACGCGCCACAUGAAGACCCACGGGCAGUUUGGGAAGGAGGUGUACCGCUGCGACAUCUGCCACAUGCCCUUCAGCGUCUACAGCACGCUGGAGAAACACAUGAAGAAGUGGCAUGGCGAACAUUUGAUGGCCAGCGAGGUUAAACUGGAGCAGGCGGACAGAGGUUAAGCCAGCAAACAUUAGUUACACAGCCUACAGUGUACACAACACUCACACACACAUACACAGACACACACACACACAAACUCCCUAUAACCACUUCUUCAGCUACGGGGCUUGGCUGGAUAAUCUCUCUCUCUCUUAAAAAAAAAAUUGAGACUGAUUGAUGUUCAUCUUUUUUUCUUGUCACAGAAACUGCCACCUGAGAAUAUAAACAAAGGGAAACUUUAAUGAGAACUUGUCUGGAAUGCACAACUUGGUGUUUCUUGGCAAACUGUCUGAGGAUUUUAUCAGUUAGGAAUCCAUGGAGCCUUUCUACUGUGCAAUAAUUUCUGUAUUUAUUGGAUUUUUGUAAUGAUAUUUGGCAUGUGCAGGUACAUCUUUGUGGGAUUUCAUAUGGAGUUAGUUUUGAAAAUGUGCUAAAACAUUUUUCUUUUCUAAAAAUGCGAUAACUGGAAAGAAGUCACCCUUAAUACAAUUUUCUUUUUUCUCCUUUAAGGAAGCUUAUUAUCAUGUGUGAGUAAAAAUUGUGCAAAGCGGUUAGCUUUUUAAACUAAAAUAAAUAAAUAAUUGUUUUCUAUAUUAACUGCAGCAGCGGACUACAAUCCACUCCCUCAUACAAGCACUGAAUGUCAGCCUGACAAUAAAACAUCGUGCUGGAUUUUAAAAAUCCAACGUUAUCUUAAAGACCUGAUAAGUUGAAUUUAUUCAGGGAAUUUGUCCUUUUAAAUAUUGGCAUGUGAAUAGUUUCAAAAUGCAGUUACUGUAUUGCUGUCCUCGCAUCAGGACGUAAAUAAAGGUUGCACUUAAUGGAGGUACCCUUAAACUGAUGCUCAGAACAUUCCCAAUGUAGGAUUAAAAUACCAUAUUUAAUAUGUUGACUAAGUUAAGACUACUUGUGAUCAAUGUGAGAAGGAGAACAGUCCUGUUUAUGGUUUGUAAAUAUAUUCUUUUUUUUCUCCUCUAUAUGUUAAAGUAGCCCCGACUAUACGUGAACGAUGGCCUAAAAUGAAACAAUCAGAGGACCAGCUGCUUGCAUCAUCCACAGUAUAUGCUAAGUGUAACUACCAUUCAUUAUUGCUUUAUCAGACCCACUUGAUUAUCUCCCCCGCUCCCCCACCCCCACACGUGUGCCACCUCAAAGGCAAUUUGUUAAAGCUACUUCAACAAUUGUAACGCUUUCUAAAUCACCUCCCUCUGCCGCGGCGUCUCUCUCUGACCCGGGUCGGCUUCCCGUGUCCCCCUCAGGAUCCACAAAAUGGCUCCAAAUGAAAUUCAUAUCAAUACGUGUUAGCGUGUGUGUUCUUCUCUCCGCAGCGUGCUCUAAGCCUCUCUCUCCGACGGCGUCUUUUCACAGUUCACUAGCUCAGAUUCAUGCAUUAGAGCGGCUUUUAAAAGGGAAGCCUGUUCAUUCGCCUCACAAAGUGAUAUGGGUUUAACUCCCAGUAACAGAUUUUGAGACAGUGUGCGUGUUCGUGACUUUUGGGGAUUACGGUUUUUAUUUUCUGCAUCGUUCAUCCUGAAAUGAAUCUGCUAGAGAAAGAGAGAGGGAGGGAGAGAGGAAAAAAGAGGCUAUAUGAGUUAUGAUAAUUUUGAGCACAGCUGCAACAGGGGGAUGGCCUGGCGACCUUGAGUAGGGGCUAUUCUUAUAGUCAAAGUGAAAGAUUGGAACGAGAGAGAUGAAGAGAUGUGAGAGAGAGAUGGUGGGAGUGAGAGUGCAAGACCUUGACCAGGGAGAAGAGUCAUUCAAAUGAAAUUGGAAGCAUAUGAAAAGGGUGUUUUUUUUGUACCCAAAUGCACAUCUACAGUGGCCACAUCUUAUAACGGACCAUCAGAGUGAGACAGAGCAAGCGUGAGAGGGAGGGAGACGGCGAAGCCACAUGAAAGGAGAUAGAGAAUACAUCUUUCACUUAGUUCUGCAAUCGUCACAAUCAUCCAGUUUGACCUGCUUUUUUGGCCUUGUCAGGUUUUAUCUGUGCCAUUUUUGUUUCAAUAGAAACUGUGUCUUGAAUGCAAAUCCCCAAUUUUUUUGAUUUUUAGAAAGGCAGGAGGCCACAGCAGCUCUCUGUGAGCUAGGUGAUGUAUUUUAGCACAUGAGAGCAAAAACGUAGACCCUGUUGUAAACGUGUUAAUUCCAGGAGAACUCAGUUCAGUGCGGCCAGAACGAGGCAUUAAAACUAUGAAAUUCACUAACAAGGACCACACCUCAACAAGAUGUGUUUAACAGGUUUGUUAAAGACAAAAAUGAGCGAUGUGUGAGGCUCGGACUGCUUGUAGCUCAUCCACUUUGCUGGAAUUUGUCGUAGCAGUCAGCCAUGACGAACCCCCUCAGUAACCCUAUGUAGAGGAGAGGAGGACAUAGGGAGGGAGGGAGGGAGGGAGGGGCGAUGAAGAGUGGAACAGGAGGUGUGGCUCAUUUAUGCUCAACGUUAGAUACGGACACAGAUGGAGCUUUCCAUAUUUUCCGUUUUCCUAAAACUUACAGAUACAGACAAAAGGGAGCAGUACCACCACAGGUCAUAGCCGUGUAGCUUAGUUCAAGCAAGAUAGACGUUAGGAGGUGAUGAAGACAUUUAAAAAAAAAAGGUGGAACAGAGCGAACUGGUAAUAUAAGCCCCUUUUACAUCGCCUCUUCAAUUUCACGCCGUUAUUUCACCUCACCAAUCUUUACAAAAGCAGCAAUCAUGGAGUGGGGGGCAGAGUUGUCUCGCCUUUAAGCCGGCAGUGGAGGUAAAAACGGUGACGAAAUGAUGUCUGUGUCAAAGGGACAGCCGCCAAGAUGGGGCAAUGGAUGGGACGGGCAUUUGACGACGUGUUAUAUGUGUGACCUCCACCGGGAGAUAUAAAGAGCAGCUGAUAGCAGUUAGCGGCUAACUAAAAUUAGAACUAAUGCCCACAAAUUGGCAAAACAAGUAGGUGCAGGAGCUCCUUAUCCUCCGAGCAGAGGACGAGAUCAGCCGCCGUGUACCAGGGAUGGUAAACGACUGUUGUUGCCAUGCUAAUGCCAUUUUAACUGUUAAUAAAAUGCUGCCACGCAUAUGUUAUAUGUCGCACUAGAGGCUGGCGCUGUUGUUAAAUGUCACGCCUGUCAUGCUGUCUAAAAUCACACACUGGAGCGGCAUGAUGCUGCUGUUGUUUGGUUCUGUGUAAAAAUGCAAAGGCGGCGUAAAGAAGGGACUUUGUAGCCUCCCUCUUGCGCAGUCUCUGUGUAAAAAGGGCAGUAGCGGAAAGAAUUCUGCGUCCACAUGUCGCCAUGUGUUUAAUCGCCUCACAGACCUCUAUUAAAAGGUGCAUUAGUACGACCUCCUCCGCCACUGCCCCGUUAGUUGUGUGAAACUUUUGACUCCGCCCUCGAGUGCCAUCAUUUGACCGCAUCUAUGCCAUUGUAAGAGACGCAUGGAAGUAUGAGGGCAGUUUGAAAUGGACGUAAAGGGAGUAUAAAUGAGCCCAAAUUAUGCAGGAAGUGACACGGUUGAGGUGUGGUCCUGCUCCUGAAAAUCCCCUUGCAAGCCUCAGUGUAUCACAUGCAAACAACGAACAGUUGAACCCCUACAGAGUCCCAAAUCACACACGGACAUUCAGUCUUACAAUAUGUUUACAGUGUUGAAGUACGCCAUUAAUGAAAUACUCUGUGUAAGUGUUUAAAAUGAUAAUAAAGUAUUGUUUUCUCCAAUGUUCUUUCAAAUGUUUUUGGAUGCCAUAGCAGUUUUGUAUGAUUAUCCUGGUGGAGGGAUUUUAUCUUCAUGUUUCUGUAUGAUUACUUGUUCACUGUAUGGGAAGACUUUCUUUUUUAAAUGUAAUAUUGCAGAAUCAUGCCAGAUUAUUAUUUUUUUUCUAACAAGAGUGGUGCCAUUAUUGACUUUUGGUCUCUUUCUUUUUUGUUUUGUUUUAUAUAUUUAAUUUUCUUUUGAAUCCUGUUGUUGGUUUGGUGAAGCCAUCCUCCACGGAUGUAAAACAAAAAUGAUUUUUAAAAGAAAUAAUUACCAGAGCGAGAUGAUCCUUAAGGAAGAACCUUCGGCAGGGGAAUAGAAAGCUUUGUGCGGGAAAAUCCUUUUUUCCAAAUCAAUUUUUCGAGACAUUCACAAACAUGUUUUGUUUUGUUUUCCUCAUGGUUGGUUGAAGGUCUUGUGACGGCACUUACAACUGUAAUUUUAAAUGCAUUUUUCAUAUUUCACUUUUCACAACUUUCACUUACACUCUUUGUACAAAAUAGUUUUCCUUGUUCUUUUUUUGGGGGGAGUGCAUCAUUGUGGAAAAAAAGUGAUUUCAGAACAGUACACAUCUGCUGUUUUGAACAUAUAUGUAUUUUUGUAAUGUGUUGAAAAAUCAAUACAAGAAAGCCAACACUUCAAUAAAUGUUGCAAUUGCUCUAUGAUUGAAGCA